AUGGCAGAGGGUCAGCAAGUUGCGAGGAAGCGGAGGCAUCAGGAGCAUAUGAAGCUGAAGCGCAGAGCUGACAGGCAACGAGAGGCGGAACAGAACCAAACGUUCGAGGCAAGAUCGUGUCACUGUGCAACCCUUUGCUCUGCUACGAAGACAGAUUUCUGCAAGCUCUAUGAGGCAGUCCCGUUUCCGGUGACCACUGACCCUUUGAAGCCGUGGGAAUCAUCGAUUCGUCUGAUCAGGCUGAAAGCCGGUGGAGAGGGCGAUACUAUUGAGUGCGAUCUCUUCCACGCAUCCUUGGACGGCAGCCACCAGUUCAUCGCCCUAUCAUAUGUGUGGGGGGACUACGACGACAGGAUCACAAUUUGCGUGAAUGGGCGGGCUGUCAACAUAACUAGACACUUACAUACGGCCUUGGUUCACUUGCGCAACAGGUCAUCGGAUACCACCUUGUGGGUUGACGCAAUAUGCAUCGAUCAGGGAAACCUUUGCGAAAGGAAUUCUCAGGUUCAACACAUGCCAGAAGUCUACAGCGUUGCUGCAGAGGUAAUUGCUUGGCUUGGAGAAGAAGCAGAUGGAAGUGGCCAGGUCAUUGACUAUAUCAAUAGCCAUGCCAAAGGUGCAAGCGGAGUUUCACGCCAACAUGAACCCCCACCUGCUGCUCAGCUUGAGUAUCUUUGGUCCAGGCCCUACUGGGGUCGUGUUUGGGUCGUGCAAGAAUUGGCAUCAGCUUAUAGGUCAAACGGCAGAUGCUACAUGAGAUGCGGUCAUCGAUCCGUGUCGUUCGAGCAAUUCCGAUAUUUCCUGGGUGAAUAUCUCGCCAACCAUAUCUACACUCAAGGCGACAGCGUUCUCGGCCCGAAACAUCUGACCAACCUUAGUAUAGCACAUGGGGAGAAGUCCUUCUUGGAAAUAUUGUCCGAGUCGGCCUUCUUAGCGUCUACGGACCCGAGGGAUAGAAUUUACGGCAUCAGGGGCAUCUCACCUGAGUUCUACCGCAGCAAAAUUCCAGUGGAUUACCAGAUCAGUUUUCACGAACUAUGCCGGAGGGUCAUCUUCGAAUACAUCAAGAAAGAGAAAAACCUUGACAUCUUGUGCCAAUUUAAGGGGUUUCCACGUAACGACCAUUGCCCAUCCUGGGUGCGCGACUUAAGCAGCUAUAACCGUGGAGUAUCCCUAACAAUUCAUUCCGCGUCUGCUGGAAGCCAACCUAAUCCAACCAUUUCCGACAAUAUUUUGCAUAUCAACGGUAGAUUAAUUGGUAGAGCCAACCUUCUGAGAGGCCCCUACAAGUUCCCCACUGCACUGCAAACUGGUCAGCCCUGGCCGGAGAUGCCGAAUCUACGGAAGGUGGAAGCCUUUGCCUUAGCAGCCUUGAGCAAGCGACACAAUAAUUCGACACCCGGGGACCUCCAGGGUCGAUUCAUGAACCUAGUUUCCGGGGACAGGUGGCGAGGCGCUGCCAUCCAUGGCACCAAAGUUCCCCACCCACCGCGAGAAGUAUGGGAUGCUGUCAACCAGUACAAAAACUCCUCACAAGUGGAUGAACAGACACAUAUGAGGUAUAAGUACUUUCCCUUUCUCUUCAGCCCCUUAAUCGGUCGAACACUUUUCGAUACGGUCGGUGGUAGCGUUGGUGUUGGUCCACCGAAUAUGCAGAAAGAUGACAUAAUAUGCGUCCUACAUGGGUGCAGCUACUGCGCUGUGUUACGCAAGGUGAAGAAACAGCAUUACACAUUCAUAGGGCCGGCGUAUGUUGACGGCGCUAUGAGCGGCGAGUACAUUCGGCAAGAAUAUGAUGAUGAAGGAAGACCGAAUCUGGAAGUGCAGUUUCACAUACAUUAA